AUGGCAGUCGAAUUAUUCGUUUCAUGUUUGGCAGGUAUUGAUUUGCAUGCAUUAGGAUCAAUUACACUUACAGAGUUUGAUUUUGAAAAUGCCGAAUUGCUGACAAAAGACGAAUUAUAUAAUCCGAAUGCUCUUUCGCUUGAGGAGGUAAACAAGCAUCGAUCAGAUAUACGAGGUCCAAUAGCUUCAAAAAAACGAUUUCGACGAAACGGUAUUAAUAAGCCAGCGAAAUUAUGGCCUGGUGGUAAAAUACCAUAUUCUAUAUCACCACGUUAUACGAAUCUUGAACGAGCUUUAUUAGCUAGGGCUAUAAAACAGUAUCAUGAUAAAACAUGUCUUCGAUUUGUACCACGUUCUCUAUAUGAGGGCGAUUAUCUUUUUAUCGGUAAAGUUGACGGAUGUUUUUCGGAAGUUGGACGAACAAAUGGCGUGCAAGUGCUAUCGCUAGACGAUGGCUGCUUAGAGUAUACAACGAUUAUCCAUGAAAUGAUGCAUGUUAUUGGAUUCUAUCAUGAACAUGAACGAUGGGAUCGUGACGAUUAUAUUAAUAUUUUUUGGAGGAACAUCGAUCGCGCAGCAAUCGAUCAAUUUGGUAAAGUUGAUCUAACAAAAACUUCAUAUUAUGGACAGCCGUACGAUUACCAUUCCAUUCUUCACUAUGAUAGUUUAGCAUUCAGUAAGAAUGGCUUUCCAACAAUGCUUCCCAAACAAAAAGGAUUUGCAACAACAAUUGGUAAUGCGAAAGAUUUUAGUGAAAUUGAUUUAGCAAAAAUUAAUCGAAUGUACGGAUGCCCUGAAGAGUACAUUACUCUAUUACAGCCGAGAGCUCAGAGUUCAAUGAUACAUCUGCCACUUUCAAAACGAUAUAAAAUACCAUCAAUGGAUGAUCAAUACUUUGAUGAAUUUCCCGCAAAAAUGGAACAUAAAAAUUGUAAGGAUCGUAUAAUUGCAUGCUGGAUGACCCAGGAUCGAUGUCAUUCUAAGACCUUAUUUAUACUCAUGAAAACAUUAUGUGCCAAAACUUGCAAAUUAUGUUAG